AUUUAAACCUCUUUCAUCUUUCUCAAAAUCUAAUGAGCUGAAGAUGAAGAAGAAGAACAUAAAGGGGCAAAACUGAACCAACCAUUGACACCUGCCUAACAAGUUUCUUGCUUUUCAACUCCAAACCAGACCCAUCUUGUUUUCUAGUUCUUUCUUUAUAGGUUAUGCCCACUUUAGUUCAUGAUGGCCUGCAGGAGACACUACCUUCAAACUACCCCCCCUACCCCUACCCCUACCCCUAUCCCACCCCUACCCCUUACCCACAAACUCUUUUUCUAGUCAUGUUUGCUGUCUGCAAAUCCCAUUCCUGGAAACAUGGUGUUUAUACAUAUUAUUAUAGAGCUGUUGUAAUCUACUGCAUCAAUUAUCAUUUAUCAAGCAAAGUGCAAGGGUCCCAUUAGAAAGCAAAAGAUCAUCUUUUUCAGCAGUUCAAGAUUUUUUUUCUUUUUUGCUACAGUUUAGUGCGGUUUAGGUUUCAACCAACUUAUAUGUUUUCAGAUCAACUUGUUAUAAGAAGAAGAUUAUAACAAGAUUAUGAGAGAGCAUGUGAUUCUAGUGGAUUUGAAAGUCUAUGCAAGUUGAGAGUAAUCUUUAGUAGUUGUUUAGUGUUUAGGUAGAUAAGAGAGAGAGAGAGAGAGAGAGAGAGAGAUCAGAUGUCAAAUAUUAAUCACAAUAACCCAUCUCAGUUUAACCGGGGAUCAUCUUCUUCUUUCUCUUAUGCACCUUUGAAUUUAUCAAAUGAAGCACUAGAUCAGCCACGUGUCCACUUGCAUCAAAGAGGCACUCACCAUGGAUUGCAAGAACAAGCACAAAGAGAAAGAAGAGAAUCAAACCCAAACCCAGAUCCAGAUCCAAUGCCACCGCCACCACCACCGCCACUAUCACCAUCACCAUCCAACAGUGUGGAGGCUGCAGUGGUGGUAAGAUAUAGAGAAUGCCAAAAGAACCAUGCUGCAAGCCUGGGUGCUUAUGUUGUAGAUGGGUGUGGGGAGUUUAUGGCUAAUGGAGAAGAAAACACACCGGAAAGUUUAAAAUGUGCUGCUUGUGAAUGCCACCGAAGUUUCCACCGGAGAGAGGUGGAAGGUGAGUCACAAUCCACCACAUGGAUACCGGGUAUACAAAACCCACCACCUAGAGUUGCUGCUCCUGCUGCAACAAUGCAGCCACCUUAUCAGCAACAACACCACCACCAUAGGUACAGCCACCAGGUGCCACCAAUCAUGGUGGCGUUUGGUGGGAACAGUGCAGCACCGACGGAGUCAUCAAGUGAAGAUCUUGACAUGUACCAGACACACCCCGGACAACAGCCAGUGAAGAAAAGAUUCAGAACAAAGUUCACAGAUGAGCAGAAGGCAAAAAUGCAUGAUUUUGCGGAAAAAAUAGGGUGGAAGAUUCAGAAACAAGAUGAACAAGAGAUUCUACAGUUUUGUGAUGAAGUUGGACUGAAAAGAAAAGUGUUCAAAGUAUGGAUGCACAACUGCAAACAAGCCUCCAAGAAGAAGCAAGAUCAGUAAGAUUUAAUUAAAAUAGGCGGUAGCAACACCACAGCCAUAUUAUUAUUUCCAAGAUUUCAAUUAAGAUCAAGAAGUAAUUUCCUCGUAUGUGCUAUUUUGACUCUAAAUUUUUAUGGAUUAUUUUUAUUUUAUGAUUAAAAAAACUCAUCCCAAUAGUUAUAAA